GGCAAAAGCCCUGCGAGCUGCUCUUAGCAUAUCCUCUUAGAACACGAUUUUACUUCCAGUUUUGUUCUUUCUUUUUAUAUCAUACCUGAAACGCUUUAUUUGCUGUGAUUGCUAUUUCUCUCCUUUAUCAGUCCUCAGUGCACUGAAGCAGAGGUCGCUGUCCUUCUUUUCGUUGUUGCCGUCUAAAACCGUUUAGUUUUGGAUGAUCGCUCAAAUGGUGUGGCAGGCAGCGGGGAGAGGCAGCUCGCCCAGCCGGGGAGAGAGCGCACAGGGCCGGACACAGCCAGUGGGCUGCACCGCCCGUACGGACCAUUAGACAGAGGAAAGGCAUAGCUCAGAGACCUGCUCGAUCAGUGUCAGACGGAGAGACCUCCUCAUUUGGGCUUCGGCUUUUUUGCGUUGGCGAAUCACAAAGUGUUGGAAUCUAUUGCCUUUGUCUGACAAGUCAUCCAUCUCUAUGCGAGGGGGGAUAUGGGGAGGAGGAGGAGGAGAAGGUGGAGGAGGAGGAAGGUGGGGGGUGCGGUGGACUGCAGCUUUUAGAAACACACACACACCGGGAAGAGGGCUUUCAUUCUCAGCCCAAAGCUUCUAACAGGCACAUCCCAUUCUUACAGAGAGGGGGACCGCUAGAGACACUCGCAGUGUCCAUGUUUUUCCGUGUCAUCCCCGCACAUAGCCUGCGUGACUCGUAACACCAGAAACGCGUUGCUGAUAUAUCGAAGGGAAUUUUUUUUACACUGCUGUACGUUGAGGAACGGACACUUGGACGCGACGCAAAGCAAAUUGGCAGCGCCUCUAAAAAAACGUUCCUCUAAAAUAUGUGGCCAACAAGCAUCCACUGAACGACCAGUUACGCGCAAAUUGCUGCGAAAAGAUUUUUUGUUCGCUUUUUAAGACAAGUGACGGACAUGAUCUGCAAUCCAAACUCGUUUUACCCCUGAAGGAACUGAAGCGAGAAUAACUUGAAGAAGUUCUCCAGCGAGCCGCCGGCUCUGAAGCUCUAAACGGACAGCAGCAGUUUUCUAACCCGCAUUGAAAGCUGCAUAAUCGAGGCGAGACGGCGACCUCAGUCGAUUAUCUCUCCUUCCUUUGCUAUCCCAUGGAUAUUCACUGCAAGGCAGACCCAUUCACGGCGAUGCACCUCUCCCACAUAGGGCAUGGGGGUGUGAACCAGCUCGGAGGGGUGUUUGUGAACGGCAGACCCCUACCUGACGUGGUUCGGCAGAGGAUCGUGGAGCUGGCACACCAAGGGGUCAGGCCGUGUGACAUCUCUAGACAGCUCCGGGUCAGCCAUGGCUGUGUCAGCAAAAUUCUCGGCAGAUACUACGAAACUGGCAGUAUUAAACCUGGAGUUAUCGGCGGUUCCAAACCAAAAGUGGCCACUCCAAAAGUUGUGGAUAAAAUUGCAGAGUAUAAGCGGCAGAACCCCACCAUGUUCGCCUGGGAGAUCAGAGACCGACUUCUUGCCGAAGGCGUCUGUGACAACGACACGGUUCCAAGCGUAUCCUCCAUCAACAGGAUAAUAAGGACCAAAGUUCAGCAGCCCUUCCAUCCUUCUCCAGACGGGACAGGAACUACCCUCACCUCAGCAGGACACACUAUAGUGCCUAGCACAGCCUCCCCACCUGUAUCAAGUGCUUCGAAUGACCCGGUAGGCUCCUACUCCAUCAACGGCAUCCUUGGAAUCCCUCGCUCCAACGGCGAAAAGAGAAAACGUGAUGAUGUUCUCUGGAGUGGCAACCACUUGGAUGGGAGGAAAAUAGGAUAUUAUGGCUCAGAUGGCUCUGGCCCAAACAGUGAUUCUCAGGGUAGUGUGGAGAGUUUACGAAAGCACCUGAGGGCUGAUGCCUUCACUCAGCAGCAGCUGGAGGCUCUGGACCGGGUGUUUGAGCGGCCAUCGUACCCCGACGUCUUCCCAACAUCAGAGCACAUCAAGCCAGAGCAGGCUAACGAAUACUCACUACCAGCACUGAACCCCGGACUGGACGAGGUCAAGCCCAGCCUAUCCACCAGCGCCAGCUCUGAACUGGGCUCCAGCGUUUCCCAGAGCUACCCAGUAGUGACAGAAUCCCAUUCCUCCACGGUGUGUGUUAAGCAAGAGCCGCACGAGGCUUCGCUGGCUCCUUUCACCCCCUCUUCACUUGCAGCUUCGGGGCUAGCGGAACUGUUGCCCUUCCAGCCCGGUGUGUCAGUAGACGCCUCCACCCCCUGCUACGGUGCCUAUGGCCACCAUGGCCCCAGCUACGGCCAGUACGCAAGCCAGCCUAUUAUAGCAGGUCGAGACAUGGCCAGCACGACUCUCCCAGGUUACCCUCCUCACGUCCCCCCCACUGGACAAGGCAGCUACCCCACCUCAACACUUGCUGGAAUGGUUCCUGGAAGCGAUUUUUCUGGAAACCCCUAUUCCCAUCCACAAUACACAACCUACAAUGAAGCUUGGAGGUUCAGCAACCCUGCACUAUUAAGUUCCCCUUAUUAUUAUAGUGCCGCGUCCCGGGGCUCGGCCCCUCCCACUGCUGCCACUGCCUAUGACCGCCACUAGUUACCAUGGCAACCACGUCACUCUGCAGCAACACAACCAUGACCCACGUAUCGCACCAGUUUGAACAGUGUUACGGUCCAACGUGGACAUUCAGCGUGGCUCCACCAUCUUCAGUUUUGCGGGGUCAGACUGAGAUUAGGAGGGUCAAACAGCCGUGAAUUUCCCCUCCUGCAAUUUCCUUGAUGCCCCCCACUUCAAUCAUCGAUGUCUGAGCCCCUGUUUUUCAACUCGCUGAACAAUGACUGUAAAAUUUCCGUAAAGACUCUGAAAGAUUAUACAAAAUCUAUAUAUAUUAUAAGAUAUAAAACAAGACAAACCGUGUGAAAAAUACAAAAGUUAUCACGUGAUUUUUUUUUUUUUUUUUUGUCGUUGUUGUUUGUUUCUUUUUUCAUCAAUCAUUGCAUUCCUUUACAUGACGUACGUAGUACCAUCAACAAAGGAUUAAAAAAGGCAAUUUGGGAUCGUCCUUUGCCAGUGUCUAAACCUCUCAUGGACAGCUCAGUUAUGCAAGAGGUGCAGUUAUAGGAAAGACAAGCACUGCAGUGGAAAGCAUCAGCUCAAAAGCUCUAUUGUAACGACCAGUUCAAUAAUCAGAUGUUGUGAUGAUAUCAAAAGGCUUACAUCAUGUGCUAUGAGACACAAUCAUUUGUACAAGUCUGAAGUAAGAAUAAAAAGGUAACGAAUGGCCUGAGGACAAAUGAAUUUCUUGAGUUACAGUUUAAAAUUGGACAAUUUCUCCCUUUUUGUUACAUUUUCACGAUUAUGACAGGUUUCUGUUCAGGUGCUACAUCAUAACCAACAUCAUGCUUUGCUCCUUUUUGCACUAUUUAAUUACAAAAAUUUUUAUGAGGUCAGUGAGCAAGCAACGUUUGUCCAAUGAUUAUGUAUAAACAUGUAAAACUUCCUUCUAUAUUGGACGAAACAACAGAAAAUAUUGAUACCUUUAACUAUUGCUUACCUAACUCAUAUAAACUGUUUUCUUUCUGUUCAUGUUCUAUGAAUGUUAAGAAUAACAGCAACAUGUUAUCUUAUGACAUAUUACUGGGCCAUUGUCAUCUGUACUAAACAGAGUGUAACUGUUAAAUUAUUUUUGAUCAUUUUUACAUAAACCUACUGCUCAUGUUAAACAGAAGAUUGUUCUCGACUCUCAUGUCAACAUGCGUUACGCUCCUAGUACUGCCUUACAACUUUUUAAAGAUGUGGGUGAAAACUGGCUCCAGUCCUGAGAGGUAGAUAUGCAAGUAACACAGCUUUUGUGUAUUUAUUAGAUCAAUGUUUCUAGGUGGGACAUUUCAAUCCGUGAAAAAAAAAACAAAAAACGAAAACAUCCAUUCCAUCAUCUCCUGAAAAUGUAAAGUGAAUGUACUUUUACCACAUUUUGCCAAAGACUUAGUUUGAUAUUUAAUAUUUUAUUUGCAGUAUCUGUAUGCAUUAAUAAAGCAGUAUUAUGUUUUAA